CUCAUUCUAAAUACCACAGAUGAUCUGUGAACACAUACUGUACUGACACUGUAAGUAAGUGCAAAAAAAUGGAUUCUAAAAUCUUUUUUGUAAAAUUUGAAAACAGCGAUAUUAAGGGCACACCUGAAGGUCACCACCAAGAUGAAGGAAAAACACGAAAGAGGAGAGGAAGUUGGUGUUUGGUGUUAUUGGCAGUGUGUCUUGGGCUCAUUUGUGCUCUUCUACUUGCCUACAUCAUACUGCAGCACAUCACCAUCACAGCAGAGAGACACCUGUUAAAGAGUUACUCGAACACAGUUGAAGAGUUCAAUCAGACUAUCAACGGCUUAAAGGACAAGAACACUGAUCUAAUGAUUGAAAAAGACCAACUGCAGAAAAACUUCAACUGUUUGAGUCAGAAGAAACUGGAGCUGGAGACCAGAGUCAAUAGCCUCACUGCUGAGAAAAACCAGUUACAGAGAAGCGUUGACUCUUUGGGUCAGAAGAAACUGGAGCUGGAGACCAGAGUCAACAGCCUUACUGCUGAGAAAAGCCAGUUACAGAACAGUUUAAACUCUUCGAGUCAGAAGAACCUGGAGCUGGUGACCAGAGUCAACAGCCUCACUGCUGAGAAAAGCCAGUUAAAUAGAAGCGUUGACUCUUUGAAUCAGAAGAAACUGGAGCUGGAGACCAGAGUCAAUAACCUCACAGCUGAAAAAAGCCAGUUACAGAACAGUUUAAACUCUUCGAGUCAGAAGAACCUGGAGCUGGUGACCAGAGUCAAUAGUCUCACUGCUGAGAAAAGCCAGUUACAGAGAAGCGUUGACUCUUUGAAUCAGAAGAAACUGGAGCUGGAGACCAGAGUCAAUAACCUCACAGCUGAAAAAAGCCAGUUACAGAACAGUUUAAACUCUUCGAGUCAGAAGAACCUGGAGCUGGUGACCAGAGUCAAUAGUCUCACUGCUGAGAAAAGCCAGUUACAGAGAAGCGUUGACUCUUUGAAUCAGAAUAAACUGGACCUGGAGACCAGAGUCAAUAGUCUCACUGCCGAGAAAAGCCAGUUACAGAACAGUUUAAACUCUCUGAAUCAGCAGAAACUGGAGUUAGAUGUCAAAGUCAAAUCUCUGACUGAUGAACUACAGAAAGUAAAUGAUAAAGGAAAUCGGUUGGGUUGGUUUUUCAUAACCCCUCCGUUGAACUGGUUUGACAGCAGGCAGUACUGCAAGGAUCGUGGUGGUGAUCUGAUCAUUCUCAAUACUGAAGUGAAGCAGAGGUUCAUAACCUCAAUACUCAGGGAUAAUGUGUGGAUUGGUUUGAAUGACAUACAGCAGGAGGGCAGUAUGAAAUGGGUGGAUAAUUCAGCACUUAAUCUAAGGUUUUGGUACUCAGGUGAGCCGAAUAAUGCAGGUGAUGAGGAUUGUGUUGAACUGUAUUAUUCAGUUCCUCUCCAGAACUGGAAUGAUCUCCCAUGCGCCGCCGUCAGAAAAGGGAUUUGUGAGAAAUAGGGUUCAUCCUGGGUUGUGCUUUUAUUUGUUUUAUUUUAUGGAAUCACUCAUACCGUGUUCACAUUGAGAUUCCUGCCUUUUAAAACAGCCUGCUACUUUCAUUAGAUAUGAACUGCUUUCAUGAUAUCAAUUUUGUUUUAUAAUUUUUUUGUAAUGUACAAAAUAAAGAAUGCAAAAUUGUCCUUAUUUUCUCAUUCCUUUAUUAAACUCACAACAUUCUGUUUCUCAUGGGGUGACUUAUUAAUUACUUAGUAGUUACUCAGUAGUUACAUUCAAAUCCAGACUCAAAACACAUCUGUUUAGCUAUGCAUUUACUGUAUGAGCACUGUGCCACUGUUCGUCUGACUGUUUUUACUGUAUUUUAUUUUAUUUUUUAUUCUAAACUGUUUUAAUUAUUCUUAUUUGUUUUGAUUAUUUUAAUUUCUUCUAUGUAAAGCACUUUGAAUUACCAUUGUGUAUGAAAUGUGCUAUAUAAAUAAACUUGCCUUGCCUUGCCUAC